AAUGUUAAUUUAAUAAAACAAACUACCUCCACCGAAGCUAAUUUAAUGCCGCCGCCGCCACCGCCUCCGCCAACAGUUGAUGUUGUAGAUUCACAUUCUAUUACUGGUAGUAGUAGUAAUAUUGUUUGCAUUGAUUCAUUGGAUGAUAAAAUGAACAUUGCCGAUAAUCAAUCAGUAAUUCUUCGUAAAGAAUCAUCAACAAAACCUCCAUAUAAAACAGAUCUACCACUUUCUUCAAUUGGUCCAUUUCGUCAAGUGAGUAAUGAUUCACCAGUAAUAGCCAAUUCAAAAUCAUUACCAAUGAAUAGUCAUAAAUUAAGUAUUAAUUUACCAAUAUUACCGGCGGCUAUUGUAGACAAUCGACCGACACGUUCAUCUACUUCAUCGUUUCGUUUACCGUCCACAGCAGCAACAAUGCUACAUUCGGAUAUGAGACAACAAUUGCAACUGCAACAACAACAAGAGGUGUGUUUACCUAUUUAUUUUAUAUAUAUAUUACGUAAUUUUCUUUGA